GUUAGGGACUAUUUCUUGAUAUUUCAAGGGAAAUAACUCAUACCAGGAAAUGAAAGUAGAAAUUGGUGUCACAAUGGCCACUGAGGAACUAAAAGUCUAUUUCACCAGGCUCAUGAAGAGCGUUGAAGGUCUGAUGGCAAUUGUGAUCACAGACAGAGAUGGAGUACCUGUCUUUAAAGUGGCCACUGACCAGGCUCCAGACCAAGUGUUAAAGCACAACUUUCUUGGAACAUUCGGCCUGGCUGCAAGUCAAGCCAGCAAGCUUGGGAUGUCUUCUAAUAAGUCAAUCGUCUGUUUCUACGAGCAUUACCAGGUUGUACAAAUCAACAAAUCACCCCUGCUUCUGACAUUCAUAGCUUCCAGUGAAACAAGUACAGGACUUUUGCUAGACAUGGACAACACGUUUACAGACGCUUUAGAUGAUUUAGGCCGGGUAGUGGGUACAACUUAACUGUGCAAAAAACACCGACAUUGUGAACAAUUCAGGUGCAAAAUAUAACUUGAAAAGACAUUUGUCCAUAAAGAUGUGUUUGCAUGUAUACAAGUAUACACCUAGCAAGAUUAUUGGAAGUGGACAUAUGGCUUCAUACACAGUUGUUAUUGCUUUAAAAGUGAAAUUUAUUGCAACAGUCAAUAUACACCUAUAUGCAUGCCGAAUAGGCAAGGUUUAAAUCCAAUUUUGUAAAUAAAUGUACUACUGAAUAUUAGACUGUAAAUUGAUACACUUCAAGUAGUUAAAUUAUCACCCUGGUACUCAAUAUAUCUUUUUUCCUUUGUUACAGAAUUAUGUUUGCAGAGUAUAAAACAUGUGUAACAAAUUUGUACUAAGAAGUGCAAUAAAAUUAUUAUCUGGA